AUGCCUCAGGACAUGCCCCCCGCUGGGGGCUAUCAGCCUGUUCAGUAUAAGCGUAACCUUCCCGUCCGUGGCUUCCGGCCCGUCUACUAUCUCGUCGGCGUGCACUUGAUCAUGGCAUACGGCUUCUACAAGAUGUUCAUCGGCAUCCGAGAGAAGAAUGAGCUCGGCCGGGAGAAGAUGUGGUCCCGCAUCCAUCUGAUACCGCUCCUCCAGGCCGAGGAAGAUCGUGAUCAAGUCCGCAGACACCUUGCUGAUAAGGCUAGGGAGAAGGAAUUAAUUGGAUCUGAGACGAAGGUUUAUAACUCGGACCGGUGA